AUGCCUGCACGGCGCAGUUACAGAGCCCCAUCACGGAAUGGCUGCUAUGGGUGCAGGAACCGGCAGAUCAAGUGCCCAAAAGAACACCCCCAGUGCUCCCAUUGCACCAGUGACAACAUAAUAUGCCAAUAUAUCUCCUCGUCUAGCUCAUUGGUGUGGCCCAGGGUCAAGUCCCGCUCCACUACUCCAACCAUUCCGCCAGCACGGACAACAGCGUCUCAAUCGCAACCCAACACCAGGAUUUAUGCCCAGUAUCGCCUUGUAAUGGACCAUUCCAUCAGUCCAUGCUCUCCUCCGGGAGGCGAACUCAACAUCCAGGACUUGGAACUAAUGAUGCAGUGGUGCACCACCACUUACCGAUCCGUCUCGCGCAAUAGCACCGUGGAAGGCAUUUGGCAGGGCGUGGUCCCGCGCGAGGCAAUGCGCCACCCAUUCCUCAUGCAUGGCAUUCUGGCCCUGUCAGCCCUACAUCUGGCCUCCGCCACCUCUUCCAACACCGGAGCCAGCAAAGAGGAUUAUCUGCGCACCGCCAAGAGUCAUCAGCAACAGGCCGUUGCGGGCUUGGCCAAGGUCGCGGACCAUCUAGACCGGUCCAAUUGCAACGCGGCGUUUGCCCUCUCCAGCAUCAUGGUCGUCUUCGCGUUCGCCUUUCAGGGAAACCCAAUUCCCACCGUCAACACGCAAUCCAAUGCCUUGGAUGCGCUCAUGGACAUUUUCCAGUUCACCAGGGGCUCCAUCGAUGUACAGGGCGAGAUUAUCGAAUGGGUCGCUGACGGAGAGUUCAGCGCUCUCCUAGAAUACGACAACUCUCAGCCCAAGAUGCCGGAUACUUCGCGCCUGGCCAUUAUGUCUCUCUCUAGGCGAAAUACUAACUUGGCGACCAAGGAUCCGACGCACGAAAAGGAUGUGUACGAUGCGACCAUCAACCACCUUGGAUUCUCCCUGGACAAGCUCGCGCGCGGAGGGGAGACCAUGAUCAUCGCCUUUCAAUGGAUAUUCCGCAUCCCGUCGCGAUAUGUGGAAUUGGUCCGGGAGCGAAAACCGUUCGCAUUGGCGAUUCUCGCCCACUACGCUGUCAUCAUCCACUCGUUGCGAGGGCAUUGGUGGAUUGGCGAAUGGGGGACUCGACUGAUUCGAGAUAUCGGCCAGCAUCUGGAUGCCGGCUGGAGAGAGUCGAUCAGUUGGGUCAUUGACGCCACAGGCUGUUAUAUCCCUCCGGUCUGA